AUGAGUACAACCACGGGGAAUACGACAAAGCCAACACCCUCCAAAGAUGAUGAACUUCUUGAAAUGUUCUUUGACGAAGAAUUCGUUCCACAGGCAUACGUUGACAUUUUCCUCACCACGAUAAAUUCCAGAGAAAUAAACGAAGUACAAACAAUGUCAUCUUCCCUGUUAGCAAGGUUGGACUUCUACACAAAGCAUCUUACAAAGGAAUUGGAAAGUACUAUUUGGAAUCUGGAAAAACUUUCAGAAACUCUACCGGGAACAUGGUCUACCAAUACCACUACUCUCCUGGCGAAAGAUGAUGAAACAUCAGAUGAUAAACUCGAUCAAUCAUCCACCGUAUUAUCCACUUCUUCAUCAACUAACCUUAUUGGUGCUUCCAAGCUGGAGUAUUAUUUGGAUACCCUUGGUAGUGCUGUAAGAUCAUUGGAGACAGACGUGAGCAAAGUAGAUGAUCAAUUGACAGAAUUAGAUAUUAAAUAUAAGGACAGCGAUAAGGCAAGAGAAAAAUUAAGUGAUUUGAAAACCAUUAAGAAAAGAUUGAAUACAGUGUUAGAAUUCUUCAUGCAAUUAAAGACAAUAUUGGAUAUAUCUGAUGGUAACUCAGAAUCACAAAAAGUUGUUACAUCAAUCUCGGAAUUUAAGAUAUCUUUAGAAACUUUGGAACAAACAAUAAUAUCUGCAUUGGAUGAAUCUACAAAGAAUGAGAAAAUAAAUGAGAGAAAUUCUGAACUACUAACUAGAAUUGACCAACUUAUAGAAUUAAAGCCAUUAUUGAAAGGAUUGGAUAAAUUCUAUGCAACGUAUUCUGAGUUUUCUGAAAAUAUUAGGAGGAAAAUGAAUGAAUAUUUAAGCAAAAAGGAUCUGGAUUAUGAAUUUAAUGUAUAA